UCAAACAUAAUGAAGAUCACCAUUCUCUUUACCAUAAUAUUUACUUUUGGUUUCCUAAGAAAUGUUCUUUCUCGUGACACUCCUCUUCCAUUUGAAGCCAUUUUCAACUUCGGUGACUCUAUAAGUGACACGGGAAAUUCUGCUUCUCAUGAUCCAUUUCCACGUAAUAGUCCUUAUGGUUCAACGUUCUUUAAAAGUCCUGCAGGGCGUUUGUCAAAUGGACGAUUAAUGAUAGAUUUCAUAGCUGGGGCAUAUGGAUUACCAAUGUUGCCUGCAUAUUUGACUAUCAAAAAAGGAACAAACAUUAAGAAAGGGGUAAAUUUUGCAUAUUCUGGUUCAACUGCACUUAAUAAGACUUACUUCGAUCAAAGAGGAAUGAAUGUAAAAGCAGCUGCUUAUUCAUUGGGCACUCAACUUGAUUGGUUUAAUGAGAUCAAACCCUCACUCUGUAAAAGCAAAGCAGAAUGUGAUGCCUACUUCAAAAAAUCAUUGUUUCUGGUGGGUGAGAUCGGUGGGAAUGACCUUAACGAAAUUAUCCCAAAUAAAAAUAUUACAGCAAUUAAAGAGAUGAUUCCAGACAUUGUCGACAGCAUUACCAAAUACACUUCUAAAGUGAUCGAACAUGGUGCCGUAGAGAUAGCAGUUCCAGGGAACUUCCCCAUUGGCUGCAAUUCAUUUGUUUUAAAAACAGCGGGUAGUGAUAAGAAAGAGGAUUAUGACGAAUAUGGGUGUUUAAUACCUUACAAUAAUAUCAUCUCAGAGUUCAAUGAGCAACUCAAAAAGGGUUUAGAGACAUUAAGACAAAAGAAUCCAACAGUUAAGAUAAUGUAUUUUGAUUACUAUGGUGCUGCCCUAAGCUUAUUUCAUGAACCAAAAAAAUUUGGCUUUGUUUAUGGUAAAAUUAAGACCUUUGAAGUGUGUUGUGGAAAGGGUGGAGGAUAUAAGCUAGAGGGAAUCUGUGGACGUGGUGAUACAACAGUUUGUGCAGAUCCUUCAAAACAUAUAAACUGGGAUGGAUUUCAUUUAACUGAAGCAGCCUACAAACUCAUGGCGAAAGGACUUCUUGAGGGUCCUUAUGCUAAUCCUCCUGUUACACCUCCUCCUUUCAAGAUACACUAAAUUGAAGCAAGUGGGAAAAAUAAAUAUGAACAAGGAAUUGUCGAUGUAUUUUGAUAAAACAUUUUGUCUUUGU